CUCUGGUGCUCAGUAAGGCACAAGAUGGCGGCCAGCUGCAGUUUCUCACAGUGAGGCCCGAGAGAGAAAACUUCUCCUGACUUUAGUAACUCUGUUCCCGCUGUGUCCGGAGACAGGAGCCGGUACUGGAGGCUCUCACGGCUCGGUACCGGCUGAGAGAGGGUAUCCCUGGUCAUGUUCCCGUGACUCUGGAGCUCUUUGUUUGUCUUUAAAGGUCAGCGGCGGCUCCUCCGUCAUGGCGGCAGCGUCGUACGAUCAGCUGCUGAGACAGGUGGAGGUGUUGAAGAUGGAGAACACCACCCUGAGGCAGGAGCUGCAGGACAACUCCAACCACCUAACGCUGCUUGAGUCUGAGGCCGAGAAUAUGAAGGAAGUGCUGAAGCAGCUGCAGGGCACCAUAGAAGAAGAGUCCGGAGAGGCGUCCGGCUCUCAGCUGGAGCUCAUCGAGAGACUAAAAGAGAUGAGCCUGGAAUCGUCAGGGUUUAAGCCCAGGGCCAAGACUCCGCUGCCCCCACCCUCCUCUGGAGCGUCUGGGGGGGCGGCGGCCGGCAGCCUCCCCAGAAGAGGGGCUCCUUCAGCGGGCAGAGAGCCGGAGCGCUGCCUGGAGGAGCUGGAGAAGGAGAGAGCUCUCCUAUUGGCUGAGCUGGAGAAGGAGGAGAAGGAGAAGGACUGGUACUACACUCAGCUGCAGAACCUCACCAAGAGGAUCGACAGCCUGCCUCUCACCGAGAACUUCACCCUGCAGACGGACAUGAGUCGCCGUCAGCUGGAGUUCGAGGCUCGUCAGAUCCGCUCAGCGAUGGAGGAGCAGUUGGGAUCCUGUCAGGAGAUGGAGAGGAGAGCUCAGGCCCGUGUGUCUCGCAUCCAGCAGAUCGAGAAGGACAUCCUGCGGCUGGGAGCUCGCCUGCAGGGGGACGAAGCUCAGAGCGACAGCAGCGACUUACCUGGGGCUCAGAGCUCCAGCAGCCGGUUGGAGCAUGAGCCGGCCAAUGAGGCGAGCUAUUCCGUGCCUCGACGAAUCACCAGCCACCUUGGAACCAAGGUGGAGAUGGUGUACAGCCUGCUGUCUAUGCUGGGGACUCACGAUAAGGACGACAUGUCGCGGACGCUGCUCGCCAUGUCUUCCUCUCAGGACUCGUGCAUCGCGAUGCGUCAGUCCGGCUGCCUGCCGCUGCUCAUCCAGCUGCUGCACGGCAACGACAAGGACUCCCUGUUGCUAGGUAAUUCCCGCGGAAGUAAGGAGGCUCGUGCACGGGCGUCUGCGGCGCUGCAUAACAUCGUGCACAGCCAGCCAGACGAUAAGAGAGGCCGGCGGGAGAUCAGAGUGCUCCACCUUCUGGAACAAGUGAGGCAUUACUGUGAGGAGUGCUGGAGCUGGCAGGAGAACCACGAGAGGGGCAUCGACCAAGAGGACAACCCCAUGCCGUCUCCGGUGGAGCAUCAGAUCUGCCCGGCUGUCUGCGUCCUGAUGAAGCUCUCCUUCGAUGAAGAGCACCGACACGCCAUGAACGAGCUCGGUGGUCUGCAGGCGGUGGCCGAGCUGCUGCAGGUGGACUGUGAGAUGUUCGGUCUGAGCAGCGAUCACUACAGCGUGACGCUGCGACGCUAUGCCGGCAUGGGCCUAACCAACCUCACCUUUGGAGACGUGGCCAACAAGGCCACACUGUGCUCCAUGAAGGGCUGCAUGAGGGCGAUGGUGGCGCAGCUGAAGUCCGACAGUGAAGACCUGCAGCAGGUGAUAGCGAGCGUGCUCAGGAACUUGUCGUGGCGCGCCGACGUGAACAGCAAGAAAACGCUGCGGGAGGUCGGCAGUGUCCGAGCGCUGACCGGCUGCGCCCUGGAAGUCCAGAAGGAGUCCACCCUGAAGUCGGUGCUCAGCGCUCUCUGGAACCUGUCGGCUCACUGCACGGAGAACAAGGCCGAUAUCUGCGCUGUGGACGGAGCGCUGGCCUUCCUGGUGGGAACGCUGACACACCGCAGCCACACCAACACUCUCGCCAUCAUCGAGAGCGGAGGAGGCAUCCUGCGCAACGUCUCUAGCCUCAUCGCCACGAACGAGGCACACAGGCAGAUCCUGCGUGAGCACGGCUGCCUCCCGACACUGCUGCAGCACCUGAAGUCUCACAGUCUGACCAUCGUGUCGAACGCCUGCGGCACGCUUUGGAACCUGUCAGCCCGAGACGCCAAAGACCAGGAGGCAUUGUGGGAGCUGGGCGCUGUUGGCAUGUUGCGCAACCUCAUCCACUCCCGCCACAAGAUGAUCGCUAUGGGCAGCGCCGCCGCCCUGCGCAACCUGAUGGCCAACCGGCCAGCACGCUACAAAGACGCCAGUGUGGUGUCGCCGGGCGCCGGGGCCCCUUCGCUGCACGCCCGCAAACAGAAGGCGUUAUUCGAGGAGCUGGCAUCCCAACAGCUGUCGGAGACGUUCGACAACAUUGACAACCUGAGCCCGAAGGCGGCGCACAGGAAGGGGAGGGGCUGCAACGGCGCCGCGGGCGUGGGCGGCCCAACGCGCUCUUACACCAACACACCGGUGCUGUCCAGCCCGAAGAACGGGGAUGGGUCAAAGAGAACGAGCGAGGAGCCGUUCGCCCGGCCUGUUUUCCCACCCAGCGUCCGGGCGUCCAGUGACAGCCUGAACAGCGUGACGAGUGCCGACGGCUACGGAAACCGUGGCAAAACGAAACCGUCCACAGAGCCGUUCUACUCCUCUGACGAAAAUGGCGGCAACAAGUGCUGCGUCUACAGGAAGUACCCGGCCGACCUGGCACACAAGAUACGCAGCGCCAACCACAUGGCGGAUGAUGAUGGCGGCGAGCUGGACACGCCCAUCAACUACAGCCUGAAGUACUCCGACGAGCAGCUGAACUCCGGCCGGCAAAGCCCGAGCCACCGAGGCGCCGUUGAGAGCGAGGAUGACGAGCCAAUGGACGCGUGUUUGCGACGCCGCAAUGACGGUUCGGCUCCCAAAGGAAACCGGAUGGCGUCCGCCCCUCAGCAACGAUAUGUCGCCACAGCUUCUUCAAACUUCAGUGUCGAGGCGGCACCGGAGCAACCCAUCGACUACAGCCUGAAGUACGGCGUCGACGCCGUCCGCAAACCGCUGUACAAACCCGAGGAGAGUAGCGCCCCCCCCUCAGCGCCCUCUCCCCUGCCUUCCUCCGCUAACAAGCUCCGCCCCCCACCGCCCGCCAAGCGUCCACCACCCAAAGGCAGCCAGGAAGCACCGCAGACAUACUGUGUGGAGGACACGCCCAUCUGCUUCUCCAGGGGCUCCUCGCUGUCCUCGCUGUCAUCGGAGGAGGAGGAAGAGGACGGGAGGAAGAGGAGGGGGGGCGGCAGCGACUACCCCACACUUCCUGUCAGCGAGAAGGAGGAGCAGCAGCGGAAGCAGAAGGAGGCGGAGAGUCAGACCUCCUCCGCUGCCGCUGCAGCUGCCGCUGCCUCCCGGGGGAGACGCAGCCACCACCAUCACCACCACCACGUGACAUCAUCCGGCGCUCGGACUCCAAAGAGCCCCCCAGAGCCGCCGUACGCUCAGGAGACACCGCUGAUGUUCAGCCGCUGCACAUCCGUCAGCUCGCUUGACAGCUUCUCCACCUCCUCCAUCGCUUCGUCGGUCCGCAGCAGCGAGCCAUGCAGCGGCGUGCCGAGCGGCGUCGUGAGUCCCAGCGAUCUGCCCGACAGCCCGGGGCAGACUAUGCCGCCGAGUCGCGCCAAGACGCCACCGCCGCCGCCCGGCAACAAGCAAGAGAAGAAGAAGCAGGAGGAGGAGAGCAGCGCUGACGUCAUGCUGCACUUCGCCACAGAAAGCACGCCGCAUGGAUUCAGCAGAGCGUCCAGUCUGAGCGCGCUCAGUGUGGACGAGCCAUACAUCAUGGCGGAGAUGGCGAAGGAGGAGGAGGGGUGUGCGAGCGACGAGAGGAAGGAGGAGGCGGGAAAACUGGACGAGUCGGAUGACGACGACGACAUCGAGAUCCUAGAGGCCUGCAUCAACAUGGCCAUGCCCAAGUCAUCUCGGAAACCAAAGAAGCAGCAGCCGCCGGAGCCGCGGAAACCCAGCCAGCUUCCUGUGUACAAGCUCCUCCCCCCGCAGGGCCGCAGCCAAUUACAGCAGAGGAAGGAUGCCCCAUCGGAAGAGGUGCCGAGGAUUUACUGCGUGGAGGGAACGCCGCUCAACUUCUCCACCGCCACCUCGCUGAGUGACCUCACCAUCGACUCGCCGCCCAAUGAGGAGGCAGCUGCGCCCACAGCUCAACCCUCGAACCAGAGCAGGGGGGCAGGGCUUCCUGAGGGCGAGAACGGUGACGACAUCUUGGCAGAGUGCAUCAGCGCCGCAAUGCCUAAAGCCCGACUCAGGAAGCCGGUCAGAGCGGCGGCCGGCGAGCUGCUGCAGGCCCCCCCUCCUCCCCCCCCGGCCCCCCCUAUGCUCGGCCCACAGAAGAAGAAACCAACGUCGCCGGUGAAACCGAUGCCCCCGAGGGCGCCCUACAGCAUCGCUGCAGCAACCGCAGCCAAAGCUAAGCCAGGCUUCUCCUUUGACUCACCCCAUCACUACACCCCCAUCGAGGGCACGCCAUGCUGCUUCUCACGCAACGACUCGCUCAGCUCGCUCGACUUCGAUGAAGACGAUGGCGUAGAGAAGGACGAAGAGAAGCGAGCGAGGGAGGAGGACAACAGGAAGAGGAAGCAGCAGACGGCCGCAGUUGUUCCCCGAACAAAACCCGCUGCCAACCCCCCGGCGCCGGACGAGAGACAGAAGUUCUGCAUCGAGGACACGCCCGUCUGCUUCUCCAGGAAUUCCUCUCUCAGCUCGCUGAGCGACAUCGACCAGGAGAACAACAACAAGGAGUUCGCUGCACCCCCCCCACCGCUGGAGCCGCAGGAGGGAGGCAAAGCAGGCAGGAAGUCUCCCUCCCCGCAGGAAGAGUUGAAGUCCCGUCCUUCAGCGGCGAGCGGCUACGCCCCGAAAGCGUUCCACGUGGAAGACACGCCCGUCUGCUUCUCGAGGAACUCCUCCUUGUCCUCUCUGAGCAUCGACUCCGAGGACGACCUCCUGCAGGAGUGCAUCAGCUCCGCCAUGCCCAAGAAGAAGAAGAAGGCCGCCGCCUCCACGCAGCUGUCUCUUCCUAAAGGAGACGACGGAAUAUUAGCCGAAGAGGAGCCUUCAGAGGGGCCGCGGAGCCCCGCCUCCCCCGACUCAGAGUCUUUUGAUUGGAAGGCAAUCCAGGAAGGAGCGAACUCCAUCGUCAGCAGCCUGAACGCUGCUGCCGCUGCACCACUAUCCCGCCAGCCGUCAUCUGACUCCGACUCGGUGCUGUCGCUCAAGUCUGUCGGCUCACCGUUCCGCCUGCCACCGUCCAAUCACAGCGCAGAGGAGGGGGAGAAGGAGGAGGGGAAGCGAGGGGGGCGAAUCCUGAAGCCCGGCGAGCGCAGCACUCUGGAAGCCAAGAAGAAGAAGGAGGAACAAGAGGAGGAGGAAGAGGCGAAGGCGCUGCGUGGUGGGAAGAAGGUUUACCGGAGUCUGAUCACCGGGAAGCCUCGGGCGGAGCCAUCAGCGAGGGGGAGGAGCAAACCCAGAGCCUUGCCCGCCGCCAAACCCCCGGGAAGCAGCGACGCCGAGCGAGGCUCCUCUCGAGACUCCACCCCAUCACGCUCCUCCACAGCCAAUCAGAAGGCAGGGAAGAUGCUGCCACGCACCGCAUCUCCAGGAAGUGCUUCAUCCUCAUCAUCUUCAGCGUCCAGACCAGCCAAACAGAGCGGGGAUGUGAGGAGCGGCGGGAUCCCCAGGAGCGAGUCGGCGUCUCGUGUUGGUGGCUCCGCGGCCGCAAAGAAACCGAAGGCAGAGCCAGAGAAGCCGCCGGCGCUGGUCCGGCAGUCGACCUUCAUCAAAGAGGCUCCGAGCCCCACCCUGAAGAGGAAGCUGGAGGAGUCCGCGGGGGCACCAGAGUCUCCUACCAGCCCUGACACCCCGCGCAGACACGACCUCAACCGCUCGCACUCCGAGAGCCCGGCACGUCCACAGGAAGUGACAUCAUCACGCUUCAGCCGCACCGGCACCUGGAAGCGUGAAAGUGGCAGCAGCGGGGGCGGGGGGGGGAGCAGCGGGAAACAUUCAACCUCGCUGCCUCGGGUCGGGACCUGGAAGAGAACAGGAAGCUCCUCCUCCGUCCUGUCUGCGUCCUCAGAGUCCAGUGAGAAGGGGCGGAGCCAGGAGGGGCGAGGCCAGGAGGACAGGAAGGGGACGUGGAGGAGGGCGAAGAGCGGGGGAGAGGGGCGGGGCUUCAGCGACAGAGCGGAAGACGUUUGGGUCCGAUUGGAAGACUGUCCUGUCAACAACCCCCGCUCCCCCAACGGCCCCCCCGUCAUCAGCCCUGCCCCCUCAAAGAUCCCGUCCUCCACCUCGUCCUCGUCCUCCAACCUCAACCUGCGCCGCAGCUGUGAGAGUCUGGAUGACAAACCACAGACCCCCCCGCAACUGCAGACUCCCCCUCAGCAGCAGCAGCCCCCCCCACAGCGUGGCGGGUCGCAGCCUCGCGGCGCAGUGGCGGCCCGGGUCUCCCCCUUUAACUACACACCGAGCCCGAGGAAGAGCAGCGCCGAAAUCACCACCUCCGCCCCCCCCACGCCGCCCACCACCACCACUAGCACCACCUCCUCUUCCUCUUCGUCCACAACCCCCCCAACGCGGCCAUCACUCAUCCCCACCCCCGUCACCAAGAAGCGGGAACCUAAAGGAGGGGAGGGCGGGGGGGCGGGGGGAGAGCGUGGCUCGUACAUUGUGACGUCCGUUUGAAAAGAGACUCAGUGUAGAUAUAAACUGUACAGGGAGUAUUUAAGCCCCGCCCCUCACCCUCCUCCUUGGCUCCUCCCACCUGUCAGUCCAGCUUUUAAUGAAUGACUUUACAUGAACUUUUUAUGUUUUUAUACCACUACUACUAAAACCAUGUGUAGCGCUUAGCCCCGCCCCCUCUGCCUGUGUCCCUGCAUGGCCCCGCCCCCUUAACGAUGCCAUGGUGAUAACGAUGAUGCUGUUCCUGCUAGCUGUGUGUCUGAGUCUGGAUCUGAGACAGGUGUUUCUCCCGCCGUACAAACUAAUUUAUUUCUAACGAGACACGGGGGAAUCCGCUUCCUGUUUAUCAAACAGUGCAGGUCUCAGAGGGACGUCUGUAAGUGUUUCUGGGGGGGUUCAGUGACUCUGAUAACACUGUAACGUAAGUUAAUGCUGUAAAACCUUAAAAACCUGUUAACUUUGAAGCACAUAAUUUAAAAUGUUUUUUGCCAAAAAGAGUUCCUCAGUGCUCUUCAUGCUGUCACUCACUGUCUGUGCUGGAGGAGAACGUCUUUGGUGAAAUGUUAUUAAAUAAAUUCUACAUUUUAGCUGCAAA